AAAAAUCAUUUGUCAGCGUUAAGCCGUCUUGAUCGGCGGCAGGCUGUAACUCAGCGACGCUUUCGCAGAGCAGCUCAGUAUGGCUGUCUUUAUCAGCAAAUCACUGAGGAAGAGGUGUUUUUCGGCAAAUGCAGACCCACCGGCUGCAAAUGCAUUCGCGAAACCGUUUAACAGCAUACCCGGACCACGCGGCCCCUUUGGCCUAGGUGUUCUUUAUCAAUACUUGCCGCUCAUUGGACGCUACUCUUGGCUGGAAUUGCAUAAGGCGGGUCGCGACAAAUACGAGCGGUACGGUUCGAUUGUGCGCGAAACAAUGAUUCCUGGUGAAGACAUAGUGUGGCUAUACGAUCCCAAUGAUAUUGCCACACUACUCAACGAAAGGGAGUUCCCCCAGCGGCGCAGCCAUCUGGCGCUGGAGAAGUAUCGCAAAGAUCGUCCGCACAUUUACCGAUCGGCCGGACUCUUGCCAACUCACUUCCGAUUAUAGUAACGGUGCGGAGUGGUGGCAUUUACGCUCGGAAUUGCAAAAAGAAAUAAGCGCACCCAAGAGUGUGCGCAGCUUCCUCGCUGACUUAGAUUUGGUGACGCAAGAAUUUCUAGAGCACCUACCCUUGCACCAGAGCUUCGAUAUUCAACCAAAGUUGGCGCGCUUGAAUUUGGAACUUACGUGCCUGAUGACCUUCGACGAACGCCUCAACGCCUUCUCACCCGAAGAGCAACUGCCCACAUCGCGCUCCACUAGACUAAUGCGCGCUGCGGAAACAACAAACAGCAGCAUCUUGCCCACCGACCAGGGUUUGCCGCUGUGGCGAUACUUUGAAACGCCCAUCUAUCGACGGCUGCGCAAAGCCCAAGAGUAUAUGGAGAGCGUGGCCAUAGAUUUGGUGUCCCAAAAGCUCGCCUACUUCAAGGACAGCAAGGAGGUGAGCGAUGGCGCCAACCCUGAUGGCGGCACCAUGCAGCGCAGUUCGUUGAUUGAAGAGUAUCUGAAGAACCCUAAUCUGGAUCUAUGCGACGUGGUCGGCAUGGCGGCGGAUUUACUAUUGGCCGGCAUCGACACUUCCUCAUAUACGACCGCAUUUGCGGUAUACCACAUCGCCAAAAACCCCGAAGUGCAACGGAAACUAAGCGAGGAAGCGUGUCGUGUGCUGCCGUCUCGCAAAACGCUCCUAACGCCAGAUGCGCUACGCACAGAAGUGCCAUACGCCCGUGCUGUGCUCAAAGAAGUCUUUCGCUUGAAUCCCAUCUCAGUGGGUGUGGGUCGCAUACUCAACAAGGAUCUGGUGCUAAGUGGAUAUCAUGUGCCGAAAGGAACAGUGGUAGUGACACAAAAUAUGAUUGCUUGCCGGCUGGAAAAGUAUUUUUCCGAUGCAUUGAAAUUCGAUCCUGAGCGUUGGCUGCACCGCAAGCAAGCAGUGCAUCCCUACCUGGUGCUGCCUUUCGGACACGGCAUGCGCGCGUGUAUAGCGCGUCGCAUGGCCGAGCAGAAUAUCAUCGUCUUGCUGUUGCGCAUGAUGCGAAAUUUCGAAAUUACUUGGACUGGCGACGACGAGAAGAUGGGUGUGCGCACACUGCUAAUCAAUAAGCCCAGCAGACCAGUCAGCAUUCAAUUGAAACCGAGGGUGGAUGGGUGCGGAGAUUAACAGAUACUUAUUUAGGAAUCAACUAACGAUAAGCUAUAUAAAUGUAUCUUUGUGUUUGUAUCUUGCCAUUGUCGAUUUGUAACUAGGUGGAAUAAACACAAGUGAUUUCAA